UUAAACUCCAGUCUUUUCCAAAUUUUACUAUCGUAGUGACGGAUUUCUCGCGAAUUAGGAACAAUAUGUGGAAAACGAUUCCUAUAUUGUCAGUAUUAAUUACAUUCGGGUUCAGUAGUGUUAUAGCGCAGAUAAGGCCGCCGCCCAAAGUAACAUUACCGAAUGGCGGAACCUUACUUGGAAGCUUCAUGUUCUCAACGAAAAGAAAUUUUAUCGAGGCAUACCGCGGAAUUCCUUACGCGAAACCACCGAUUGGGAAUCUACGAUUUGCGAAUGCAGUACCUUUUCCACCAUGGACCGGUGAUAGAAUAGCAGAUCAUGAUGCUCAACCAUGUCCACAACAAGAUCGAUUUGGGUUGGACAGGACUUACUUUGGCAAUGAAGAUUGUCUCUACCUAAACGUCUACACCCCCACGUACCGCCCGCUUAAUGCCUCACUCUCAGUCAUGGUGUUUUUCCAUGGCGGAGGAUUUUUGUAUGGAGGAUCAUCAUCUGCAAUUUAUGGACCGCAGCGACUGUUAGAUGACAACGUUGUCUUAGUCACAAGUAAUUAUCGACUGGGCGCCUUAGGAUUUCUAUCCACUGGUACUGCGGAUUCCCCUGGAAACAAUGGACUCAAGGAUCAAAUAAUGGCCUUAAAGUGGGUUAAAGAAAAUAUUGACGCUUUCGGGGGAAACCCAGCUGAUGUCACCAUUUUCGGCCACAGUGCCGGUGCUGCAAGCGUUGCAUACCAUUUAGUCUCCCCGUUAAGUCAAGGCUUGUUCCAUAAAGCAAUUAUGCAAUCAGGUACAAGUUUCGAUCCAUGGGCGCUUAUUAAUUUAGAUACAGCAAUUGAAAGAGCGGAAAAAGUUGGUGAAGUGCUGAACUGCACGGAAAAUAACCACACCAACCCAUUUUCCUACAUGAUUGAAUGUUUGCGUGGAAAAAGUUCAGAAGAAAUAACACUGACAACAGAGGAGUUCUAUAUUGUUGAUGAUGAGCCCAUGAACGUUUUUGGCCCGGUUAUAGAACCCAAAGAACUUGCUGGAGCAUUUUUAACUCAACAUCCAAUGACCAUCAAAACUUCUUAUGGAACAAAUGUUCCAUUAAUGAUUGGCGUUACAUCUGAUGAAGGAGUGUUCAAAUCAGCACCGAUUCUGCACAACUACGAAGAAGCUUUCGAGAACAAUUUUGCCGAAGUGCUUCCAACCCUGCUCGUGUACGAUGAGCUUCCAAUCGCCGUUCAGGAUGAAAUAACAUCGAAAAUUAAUACAUUUUAUUUCAAAGGAGAACGCAAGUGGAGUAAACGGAAGCAUCAUAAUUUAACUAACCUUUUCAGCGAUAGACUUUUCUACUUUGGAAUGGACCAAUUUCUGCGUAAUCGACUGACGAAUGGAAAUAGUAGUUCAACUUAUGUCUACGUGUUCGAUCACAAAGGACCAAGAUCUUUGAGUCAGUUGUAUGGUGGUGGUCAAAGUUAUUAUGGUGUUGCGCAUGGCGAUGAAUUACCAUUUCUAUUCCCACUUGCCCAAGACCAUUUACGAGGCAGCAGAAAUGAUGAAAAAAUGAGGUGGGCCAUGCCCAAAAUGUGGACGGAUUUUGCAAAAACUGGCGAGCCAACACCACCACAUUCCUCAGUAACAGAGAAAUGGCUACCAGCCACUGAAUAUCCCUUGAACUUUGCCAGAAUUGGCAAUAAAGUUUACAAAAAUAAAUGGAAUCCUGAUGACUACAGCAAGAUCAAUGUGACCGAGGAAAGUGAAACCCAUGUCAGUCACGAUCAGAGCACAGAUGAAAAUGAAGUCGGUGAGAAGCAGAGACUUGACGAUCGAGACCCUGUUGUCAAUGGAGGCCUACGAACAGCAAGAAAACAUCAUCAUAGCAAACACAAAAAGAACAAGAAAAAUAAGAGCAGUAGAAAUUAUCACUAUUUAGUUGUGAAGAAUGAACUUGGACUCGCAGAGAAGCGGAUGGCAUUUUGGCACAAUUUGCAAGUUUUUAUUGAGAAAGCAAAACUGUAAACGAAACAAGCUCAGCAUGUGUACUGUUCAAUUAUCUUAGAUUACAUCCAAUAUAGUCUCAAAUCUUUAAUUUA